GGGGUUGAAUGUACUACAGAAGAAUCAAUUCCCAAAGCUCUAGACUACUAUUUAUAGGGGUCUUUUCAUUCUGAAUGUUGUACUCUCACAUUGCACAUUUCAUCUGGCAGAGGGAUGUAUCUUAAGGGACAGAGUGAUAGUUGAAGGAACUGCAUUUGUUGUUUUCGGUUGGGUUCGCUGGCACAUGCAAAGAAAUGUUUGUGGGUGCCAGACAAUUGUGUCAUGCAAUGGAAGGACACUGCCAAUUGUGCUCCAAAAAUAAGCUUUAUUUACUUAAAACGAGCAAUAUUUCAAUCACCCUGGAUCUUUGUCAGGCAUGCAGACCUAACUUUUUCCAGGAACUGCGUUUGUUGCCACAUCUGGAAGUGGAUUGGACCUAUUCCCAAGAGAGUCAUGCUCCCCUAAGGCCCAAACAGUAGACACUAGAUACUAGGCUUCAUGAUGCUGUGAUGGUAUACUUUGUAGGAUAUAUAAUACAGCCUAGUUAGAUUAUUAAAGAGUAAUAAAACAUUAUCAAAACAGAGCAAGCUGCAAGCCACAUGACGCUGCUUGUUUAUUUCAUAGCAUUCUUACAAAUAUUUUUUUGGUAGGACCGGUUUCAUUCACUCCACAAGCCUCCCCAUAAGGACUAAACAGUAGACAAGACCUAGUGCCUAGGCUUCAUGAUGCUGUGAUGAUAUAUUUUGUUGGCUAUAUAUGUCUGAGUAGAUUAUUAAGGACACUGACCAUACAAAUACAGUGUAUGUUUUGACUGCAAUGGUGCUUGUUUAUUUCUAUAGCCCACUUACAAAGAAUUGUGGCGAGACAGAAGGUUUUCAUUCAGUCCACAAACCGCUGUUUACCCAUACUCUGUUCCAGUUUCAGUGUGCCCUCCGGCCCUCCAUACUACAGUGUAUGGUUUUCCUGAAAUUAGAUCAUGGCCAUAUCGUCUUGCUUUUACAGCAUGCUAAUAUAUCAUAAUAAAUUGAAUCACAGAGGAUAUCUCAUUGCAUCGCCAGACUCUUUGCCAUGGCGCGCUGGGGAGAAACCUUACUCCACUGGACACGCACGUGGGUCUUUCAUUCCGCCUCAAGUCGACCAAUAAAAGUCAUUACGCGUGUAGCCGUCAUUGUUUGCUCAGUGAUCUCAGCCAUGUAAGGAAAUGAGACGAAGGAGAAAAAAAAACAUACAAAAUGUGCUGUGUUGUAAAAGGUUAUUCUAGUUCACUACAGUCCUACCUCUGAGCUGGAUCGCUUGCAUGUCUGCGGACUGUGUUUUUGUCUGUGAACCUUUACAGAGGUUGUAACUCUACCUGAGAAUGUUAAAAGCAGCACCAUAUAUCUGCUGUAACUAAAUACUGUUUCAUAACGGGCAGAGCAGGCAUGCGAAGAACAGUUAUUAAUGCAUUCCUAUACUAUACAUAAAACAGAACAAAAUAAUGUGCCCUCAGGUACCUACGUACCACAGCCAGUUUAGCCUGUCUGCAAGCACACACCCUGACAUACACACCAUUUUGACUGCUUAUUCAUAUUUUCAUCAGGUUACCUUCUCCACGCUGUGCUUCAUUGUUACAUUUCUCUUCAGUGUGGUGUCUGCCUUCAACACAUAGUUGUAGUUUGCAAAAGACUUGAAUAACUGUGACAGAGCAGAGAUUUUGUGACCAGAGACAAAUGGGCUUUAAGUGCUUUUGAUGUUAGAGAUAUGGGUGUUUUUUCUUGGUGUUGUUUUUUAUGUUAGUUUUAAGGUAGUUUGUCAAUACCAUUACCUGUGCCUCACCUGAUUCCGAUUCUGCAAAGGACUGUUUUCCACAUUAAUUCAUGCUCAUUCUGUAUAUGGUCUGUGUGCCGUUGAAACCAUAGGCAUAUUGUAUCGAUGUGAUCACCGUAGUCAGAGCAUGACAUCAUCGUUCUAACGGGGCUCAGAGGGCUUUGGGGGUGGGGGUGCAGUUACAGAGUGAGAAAUGUAUUUCUCUCUCUCUGUGUGUCUAAGGAAGAGAGGUGUUCUUCAGAGAAAAGAAGAAAAUGUUGUGGCCAUUGAGUUCUUGAUCAGUUGACGUAGUAUGUACAUUCCUGGAAGUACUGUAUUUUUAGAUUUCACUCGAGAUUGCACUUUUAUUUCGCCCACCUAACUCUCUGAAACCAUUGAACUUCGACAUACAUGAUCUCCAUAUCCAACAUGGCUGACAGCAGCAAGCCAUUUGUGGUGACCACGACACUCAAGGUGACCGCGCCCUCCUUCUACAACCAACCAAAGAAGUUUGCCUCUGUGGCCCCGCCCAAACCCAAAGGCGGCACAGUUGUCAGCACAGGUGUCAUUGGCCGAGUGGGAGAGUUGCCACCACCCCCGCCGUCAUUCUGUGAAGAUUUCCCUCCCCCUCCUCCGCCAUUGGACGAUGACGACUCCGACUUGCCUGCCCCGCCCCCAGAAUGUGCCUCCACGCCCCCUGCAUUUGAUGCCCCUCCCCCCGCCUUCCCCGAGCCUCCCCCUCCGGUGGCGGAGGACCUCCUCUUCCCAGCACCCCCUCCGGAAGACGUCUCCCCGCCCGAGCCCUCGGCACUCUCGCCCCCGCCACCACCACCACCCCCUCCACCCCCACUACCCGCACCCACCUCCAACGCCAUCAACAGCAACCAGAGGCUGGUGGAGAAGCAGACAAGCUUUGACAGGCAGCUGGACUCUCUGACUGACAUGCUGUCAGAGAUGGAAACCAAAGGUCCCUUUAACCCCAAGCUACCCAGUCAGUUUGCCGCAGCUCCAGCCCCCAAACCAGCGGGGCCCCCUCCCACCGCCCCCAAGCCCUCCCUCUCCUUCCUGCCGCCCCCUGAGCUUCAGGACCGCCCCCCUCCCGCACCCUGGGCCGAGGAGCUCCGCGCCCGCACCACGCUGCGACACGCCAAUCAGAACACGGCAUCUGCUGCCUCCCCUGCUCAGCCAUUGGCCAAAGCUUCAUCUCCAGCUCCUCCGCCAUUGGCCAAGUCUCCAUCUCCUGUGCCGGCAUUCGCCAAAGCCCCGUCACCUGUUCCUCCACCAUUGGCCAAGUCUCCAUCUCCUGCCCCAGCCCCAAUGAUGAAGUCGCCCGCUCCGGCCCCAGCACCCAAGACCUCCUUCUCCCCAAAACCUGCCAACCCACCUGCUGGGUCAUGGUCCUCAAAUGCUUCCCCGUCUGCCUUCAACAACAACCCCAAACCCACCUCCUUCACUGCUCCUCCACCUCCUCCCGCCGCCCCUGCCCCUCCUGCAAGCACACCAAAGGCUGCUCCGGCUGUCAAUCAUUCCAAACCUUCUCCUAUUGGCAGCCAGGAGAACCUCAGCCAGUCCUCUCCUUCUGCUUCUCAGCCCAAGCCUGUGACGUCACCCAUGUCAUCCAAUAGCCAACCAGCAAGGAGUCCCGCAAAGUCUCCGGGCUCAGGCAUCGGCGGAACGCCCCUGACCAUGAGGGAGGUGGAGGAACUGGAGAGACUCACCCACGACUUCAUCAAAGACAUGGACACACACGCCCCGGUCAUCACCUCACCCCCUACAGAGGUGUGUGGUAAGUGUGGCCAGGCGCUGUCCCGCACGCAGCCGGCCGUGAGGGCCAUGGACAAGCUCUUCCACUCCCACUGCUUCGUCUGCCUGACCUGCCAUCGCCCCCUGCAGGGCAUGCAGUUCUAUGACCGCGACGGCACCCCGGAGUGCGAGGACUGCUAUGUGAACUCCCUGGCGAUGUGUUCUCGGUGCGGGGAGCGCAUCACGGACCGUGUGCUGAAGGCGGUGGGCCAGUGCUUCCACGCCCACUGCUUCAAAUGCACCACCUGCAGCUGCAGCCUGGAGGGGGCGCCCUUCAUCACCGAUGACAAUAACAACCCCUUCUGCGUCCCCGAUUACCACCGGCGUUUCUCUCCUAUCUGUGUGAGCUGUAAUGAACCGAUCAUUCCCGACCCCGGCAGUGAGGAGACGGUGAGGGUGGUAGCCCUGGAGAAGAAUUUCCACCUCAAGUGCUACAGAUGCGAGGACUGUUCCAGGCCCCUGUCUAUAGAGGCGGACUCUGACGGCUGCUUCCCAUUGGAUGGCCGCAUCCUCUGCAUGAAGUGCCACACCCAGCGGGCCAAACAGGCUGCACACUAAUUGGCUCGGAGCCCUGUCACUCUCAACAAAACACAAAACUUUGAAAACCACAUGCAGGGCACAGGACAGAAUUUCAGUCAGCUUCUCGAUAAUGGCUUUUGCAUUAGGGCUGUGUGCAUGUGUAUUACGUGUGUAUGUGUAACUUUCUCGUGUGUGCGUGUGUGUGUGCGCGUGUGUGUGUGUGUGCAUGUGUGUGCGU